GCAGAAACGCGAGGAAGAGACUCCCGAGGACUUUUUCUACUUCGUUGACUUCCAGCGGCACAACGCAGAGAUCGCCGCCUUCCACCUGGACAGGAUCCUGGAUUUCCGGAGGGUGCCGCCCACAGUCGGGAGGUUGAUCAACGUCACCAAAGAGAUCCUGGAGGUCACCAAGAACGAGAUUCUGCAGAGUGUCUUUUUUGUCUCACCAGCCAGGAACGUGUGCUUCUUUGCCAAGUGCCCAUACAUGUGCAAGACCGAGUACGCCGUGUGUGGGAACCCUCACCUCCUGGAAGGGUCCCUCUCUGCCUUCCUGCCGUCCCUCAACCUGGCGCCACGACUCUCCAUCCCAAACCCGUGGAUCCGGUCCUACUCGUUUGAUGGAAAAGAGGAGUGGGAAGUGAAUCCGCUCUACUGCAACACAGUGAGGGAGAUCUACCCCUACAGCAAUGGCAACCGGCUGCUUAACAUCGUUGACAUGGCCAUAUUUGACUUCCUAAUAGGGAACAUGGACCGUCACCACUACGAAAUGUUCACCAAGUUUGGGGACGACGGCUUCCUCUUACAUCUGGACAACGCCAGAGGGUUCGGGCGGCAUUCCCAUGAUGAAACCUCCAUCCUGGCCCCGCUCUCCCAGUGUUGCAUAAUAAAGAAGACAACGUUAUUACGACUCCAGCUCUUGGCUGAGCCCGAGUAUCGGCUCAGCGACGUGAUGAGGGAAUCCCUCCUGCAGGACCGCCUGGCACCUGUCCUCACCGAACCCCAUCUCUUGGCUUUAGACAGACGGUUACAGCUUAUCCUGAAAGCUGUGAGGAAAUGCAUAGACACAUACGGAGAAGCCAAAGUGGUGGCCAACGACACCGCGCAGCCCGAGGCUCCUGCGUCUGACAGAGUGAAGCUGACCACUUAAGCAGUCCUUAACUCGUGGCUCGGAGGUGGGGAAAACCCCUGCAAGGCAAGCGUUUUAAUAGCUGGUAAUUUCCAUCUACAAACGCUUGCAGAGACCGAGAGGGGAAACUCUUCAGAAG